AUGUCGCCUGUUCCCCAAAAGACUGACCAUCGAUUCAUAGUCAAGAAACUGGACAUGUUCCUCUUGCCCUUCCUCUCUCUCAUGUACUUCUUCAACGCCGUUGACCGCUCCAACCUGGGCAACGCAAAGACAGACGGUUUGGAAGAGGACCUCAACUUCAAGGGCAACGAGUACAGCCUUCUCAUCCUGCUCUUCUACAUCCCCUUUGGCACCCUGGAUCUCCCACUCAACCUGCUCACCAAAAAGUUCUCUGCAAAGUGGGUUCUGCCCACAUUGAUGGUCGGCUGGGGCGGCAUUGCCACCGUGCAGAUUGCUUGCAAGAACUUUGCCGGUAUUCUUGUCCUGCGCCUGAUUCUGGGUGCAUGCGAGGCUGGUUUCUUCGCCGGUGUCGUCUUCUACUUCACUUUGUUCUACCGUCGUUCUGAGCUGGGUUUCCGGAUCGCCAUCUUCUUCGGCAGCGCCCUGCUGGCGGCUGCCUUUAGUGGUGCCAUCUCCUACGGUGUCUUUCAGAUCGAGGGAACCAAACUGCAGGGCUGGCAGUGGCUGAUGCUUAUCGAAGGCGUUUUGACCGUCAUCGUUGGUGCCAUCUCCUUCUUCUGGCUGCCUGCCUCCCCAGCCACGGCGUGGUUCUUGAACGACCGAGAGAAGGCUGCAGCUCGCGCCCGAACCCUUCGUGAUGGCUCGAAUGCGGUCGAGACAAAGUUUUCCUGGAAGGAGUGUUUCUCCACGUGGAAAGACUGGAAGUUUGGUCUGUGGUGCAUCAUCAACUUCACGUAUCCCGUCGCCUUUGCAACUACAUCCAACUUCCUGCCACAGAUUGUUCAGCGACUGGGAUACUCAGUCAUCAAGACCAACUUGUAUACGGUUGCACCCAACGCUGUUGGAUUCGUUGUGCUCCUCGUCGUCGCCAAGUCUUCUGAUUACUUCCACGAGCGAACAUUCCACGUCUUGGGGGCAUUGGCUACAUCACUGGUUGGCAUGAUCAUCCUCAUCACUAUCGACGUCUUGAGCCACCGGGCCGUGGCUUACUUUGCCUGCUUCCUCAUGGCUUCCGGCUCUUACAUUCCUUCCUGUCUCAUCCAGUCGUGGCACAAUAACAACAAUCUGAAUGAGAGCAGCCGAGCCGCAACCACUGGUCUGCUUGUCGGCUUGGGCAACUUUGCAGGAAUCAUGUCGGCUGCUACAUUCCGCACUGAGUAUGCGCCCAAGUAUAUCCCUACUCUGAUCCUCACUUGCUGCUGCAAUGUCAUUGCCAUGACUGGGAUUGUGAUUCUGGGUGGGUGGAUGAAGAUGGAGAACCGCAGGAGGAACAAGGUGCAGGGCGUGAAUCUUCGGGCUCAGGAUGUCGAUACUUCAGAGCUUCCUGAUGGAGAGAAGUCUCCCAAGUUCCGAUUCUUCACUUAG